AUGUCUUUCUAUCUAAUCCCUGACCUCCUGCCGCAGGAUUCCUCUGUCACAUUCUACGAAUCCUCCUUUUUCAACCGUGGCCCGGACCUACCCAAGCUUCCAACUCCUUCCGAAGUCUUGGCCAGGCCCAAUUAUGUUCAGCAUCCACGCGCCGAGGGCAUGGUGUUACGUCAGCCAGCCGUGUUCAAAGAGCUUAAACGUGUCGUGAAACACAGCCGCAACUUGAACGCGAUUAUCGAGGAAGGACAGUGUCUUUGGGCCGUUCGUCACUUCUUGCCUGAAGUCCCAGUUCCAGAGGUCUACAGCUGGACACAGGAAAACGGCGUCACAUUCCUCUAUAUGGAAUACAUUGAUGGGAUCACUCUACGUGAUCGUUGGGACACUCUAAGCGCUAUUGAAAAAGAUGGCAUCUGUGAACAGCUUCGAUCGAUGGUCACUAAAAUGUCUCAUCUGCGCCAAGCACCUGAUGAUCCGUUCAUCGGUAAUAUCAACCGCGGGGCCGUGAGAGACAUGGUCUUUACUAACACAAACUUUCCACCUGCUGGCCCUUUUUCUGCAGCGGCUGAAUUCCACGACUGUAUGUCGGACAUGUUCAAGUGGCCAGCCACGGCCGAUGAUCCAGAUCUUGAUCCUACCAGUAUCACAGACCCUUAUCGACAGAUGCUGCCUGACGAUUGUCCCAUCCGCUUCGCGCACGCGGAUCUCAACCCUGUGAACAUAAUGGUGUCCAAAGAAUCGCCUUGCCGUAUACUGGCAAUUCUUGACUGGGAACAAUCGGGCUGGUACCCCGCCUACUGGGAGUUUUGCAAAGCCGAAUUGACUAUUGAAGCCCAUUCAGAGUGGCAAGCUGUAUAUUUGCCCAAGAUUUUCGAUGAGCCAAGUUGUGUCGAAGGCUUCUACGCUUAUGUUAGCUCAUUUGCCCCUUAA